GAUGCAACUGGCAAAUUCCCCGACUACCCUGAGGAGGACGAAGGUGGGUCGGCAGAAAUUUUCAAGGAGAAAACGCCAGAGGAACUGGAACGUGAGCUGAAGGAAAAGGAAGAAGCCGGUGCAAAGAACGAUGGCAAGAAGGGCAAAGGCAAGGAAAAGGGUAAAGGCAAGGGCAAGAAAAAGGGUGGUAAGGACGAAAAAAAAGACGGAAAAAAGGGGAAAAAGGGAGCCUCUAAAUCGGAUGCCGUAAGUGUUUUCCUCGACUCCAUUCCAUCUCAAUUGAAACUUCUAUUUCGGGAUAAAACCCGAUCACCCACAUUUAUGGUAUAA